UUUAUACACAGUAUAUACAAACGAAUAAUAGCCAAGAACGCCACAAGCCUUUAAGUGUUUCCAAGACAUGAUGGUGCCAUCUAGCGUGCAUUUUACGCACGGCGUUCCACUCUAAAGGUAAGCGUAAAUCGAUUGGUCAUGUCUGUGCGCAGGUGGUUUUGGAAAAGCGACAAUUGCAAAGGAGUAAACAGACUUUGGAAGCUUACUCACACAUUACCUGUGGUUCCAAAAAUAACUGGAAUUCAACAUUAGCUCAACCACACCACAAAUAGAGGUUGUUUUUUAAUUGCGUUAAAGUAUUUCGAGGAUUUUAAAGCCACUGUUUUGGUGUCAAGUUUUUGGGCAACCACUUUUAUCGUCGUCAAAAGCCGUGUACCCACACGUAUUGCUUUCACUUUGUUUCUCUGCUCGUAGACUUUAUCAGUUUUUGGUUACAAAAUGGAAAAAAUAAGUCUUAAGUCGCUUUUUUAACUGUCUCUAUGUAGUUAUUACAGUCCGGUAUUGUUUAAAGACUUUAGUGGCAAUUAAUGCCCCGCCCGCAGUCCGUGCGCAGGUGCACACAUAGCCAUGUUAGUGCGGGUGUUCAUACUACUACAGCUCUUGCCCUUUGGAGAUCUGGGUUGUCUGCGGAGUUCAGACAAGGCUGAAAUUUUCAUUGAUGAGGGGGGCGCAAACUCUUUUUUGGGUCGCCACCUUCUGUUGAAUCGGUUUGACUUUGAAAUCUUCGUCCCCGGAAACCUGGAGAGGGAGUGUUUUGAAGAAAUUUGUAACUAUGAAGAAGCCAGAGAGGUUUUUGAGAACAUCCCUGAUACAGAUAUCUUUUGGAAGAAAUAUACUGAAGAUAAGGGCCAGCGACCCAGCCAAGUUGAUGUGACAUCCCUCUUGAUUGGAUUAAUUGCUGCUGGAGUGGUUCUUGUUUUUGUGGGCCUUCUUGCUUGGUAUUUCUGUCAGGGAAAAUGUAAAGAUGACAUCAGCCGUGCCAGAUUCUGUCCCCAUUUUAUGUUUACCAGUUCAAUUCGAAUUCGCUCAAGAAGGAGUAAUGCAUCAGUAAUCAUUCGACGACUGGAGGAAGUGUCCUUGCAGCCUGUGAACCCACAGCUGGACCCUGUUCAAGACACAGAUGCCCCAGGCCUACCUUCAUAUGAACAAGCUGUUGCAAACAGUGGACAAUAUGAUGCCCCCCCGCCACCGUAUCCUGGAUCAAGACCUGGCAGUACAAGACGAUAACCAGAAAGAUACAUACAUCAUCUGCCCUUCCCAGACCUCUACACUGGAUUGCUCUUAUUCUCAUUGUGCCAUUCAAUUUGAUGCACUAGAACUAUUACUUUAUAACGGAAGGAGACAGACAUGAUGUCUACUUAUAGGCUGUUUACUUUAAGAUAUCUUAAAUAAGUAAGCCUAGAUCCUACCUUUCAUGUUUUAUAUUUUAAUAUUGCUGCUUUUACCAAAUGAAAAAUGAAGCCUCCAAAGAUUGUUAUAUAGCAUCUCCAAACAGUGUUUGUCCAUGUUUCUUUUAUUUCUAAAGAAAAACAAAACUGCUGCUAUGAGCAAACCUAUUUUAAUGAAGUAUAAUUUUAAUUUUAUUUAUACAUAAGAUUAAGCUUAAUUUGUAGACUGUGCUUUCCUUUACACUUCAUCUUGUGGUAAACGACUUCAAAAACUGAGUGACAGUCUAACUUCAUAAAUUCAGAUAAUUGUCUCUGUUUAUUAGCCUACCCAUUUCAUAUUCAUCUUAAGUGUGAAGUUUUUUGUUUUUGUUUUUACAAUGAUUUAUCUUUGGUGAGGUGCUAUUUGUUUGUCUGGCAAAACAUUGCAAUUUUUGCUCCUUUGUCUCAUACACAUGAAAAAUGGGCAUGGUGGAAAUUUUAAUGAAAUUUACGAAAUUCUAUAUUUUUAAGUUUUUAUUGUAAGAUGCAAUAAAUUUUAGAUAAAACCUA